CUCUUAUUUUGUUGCCACUUCCUGUCCUACCGGUGUUAGCUGGCAGCAACUUCACGCCCCCUUGCCAGUCUUCCUGUUCACUUGAAGGUGAUCAGGUGGGAUGGUUUCCACCUGCCGCCAAUACCACCUGAGGACUGGCCCUGCAGGUCUGGCAGCUUUAUGGAGAUCAUUUUGUCAUUUUUGGUUACUGGUAUUUUAAAGACUCUUAUUUUGUAAAAACUAUUCUUGAGAACUCUCUUUUUUGGCCUCAUUUUUUCUGUUUUUCUGUGCAAUUCCCACGCUGCACUCGAUUUGUUUAACGCACAGAUUUUCCUUGUGUUUACGUUGGGACAUUACGUGCACGUUUUCCGCACGCCGCCUGCUCUCUUCUGCGUUCUGUGGUCACACCUGCAGCUGCAAGGGGCGGGGCUAACGGACAACAUCGCUAAGAAGACGCAUUUUUAAAAAUAUUUUUUUACCUGACGAGCGAGGACUAUAACGUAAUCAUCAUCCAGACGAGGGGGGAGAACACAAGUCAGGUGCCGGAAGAUGUAAACAUCCCAUCGGUCUUCAUCCCAGUGAGACCAGACGUUGUACAGGUCACACGUUGAUACUCGGAUCGUUUACCCAAGAUGAAGAUGGAACACCGGAGGCAGGGUGCAGACGUCAUCAGCUACCUCCGUCUCAAGCGUUUUUAAGCACGGGAAAUACGAGAAGCUACUUGAUGAACCAUCACCCGGAAAAUAUAUUUGAAGCCAAACAUCAAUUUGUGAGACGUCAUCAGUGUUUGAACCUGACAGCUACCUCCGUCUCAAGCGUUUUUAAGCACGGGAAAUACGACAAAGCUACUUGAUGAACCAUCACCGGGAAAAUAUAUUUGAAGCCAAACAUCAAUUUGUGAGGAGGAGAGGAAGCGGUCCGCUCGCCCACAUGUGCCGAUCACAACCUAUCAUAGCAGCGUGAAGGAAAAGUGGGCAGGGGCAACCACCAAAGGGGCGGAGACCUUGGAGUGCAUGUUUGUGAAGUGUUGGUCCAAGCAACACAAGUCGCAGGCAGAAGGGGCGCAAGCAGGGAACUCUCGCUAAAAUCAGGUCAGCUGGAGGUGGAUUGUGUCCGUGUGCCGCCAUGCGUCAGGUGAUCUUCCUCCUCUCCGCCCUGCUUCCGCUGUCUCUCUCCCAUGGACAAGAUCCGUUGGCCUGGUUCUACAGCGGGCGGCACGCCCUGCAGGCGGACACCACAGGCGGCGAGUGUCCCCCCGAGUGCGACUGUCCUCCCACCUUCCCCAUCGCCAUGUACUGCGACGACCGGGGCCUGACGGCCAUGCCCACCGUGCCCUCCCGGAUCAAGUACCUCUACCUCCAGCAUAACGCCAUCGCGGCUGUGUCCGACUCGGCUCUGGUCAACGCCACCGAGCUGAGGUGGCUGAUGUUGCACCACAACCUUCUCACGGCCAGCGCCAUCAGCCGGAAGGCCUUCGUGAAGUUGGAAGGACUGGAGCGUUUGUAUUUGCAACACAACAAUUUGACCGGCGUCCCUGAGAACCUUCCUCGUUCCCUGCGAGACCUGAGGAUGGAUCACAACAGCAUCCAGCAGGUAACGCCUUCAGAUCUAGCCGGAAUGGACAACCUCACCAUCCUGCAUCUCCAUGACAACGCUAUCACAGACAUGGGUGCGUCAUUGCAGUCUCUGGCGUCCCUCACACUGUUGGACAUCAGCAACAACAAGUUGACUAAGGUCCCAGAGGCUCUCCCCGAACAGCUCCACCAGCUCUACCUGGACGCCAACUCCAUCGCCUCUCUGUCCGAGGGCUUCUUGGGCGGUUUGACACGGCUGCAGUACCUGCGCUUGGCCCACAACCAGCUGACCGACACGGGCGUGCCCGCCGGCGCCUUUAACGUGACGGCGCUGGUGGAGCUGGACCUCAGCUUCAACAGGCUGGAGAGAAUCCCUUCAGUCAGCCCCGCCCUGCAGCAUCUUUACCUGCAGGCCAACCAGAUCAAAGAGUUCACACUGGGAAGUUUCUGCAGCCUCGUGGACGUCAACAACUACUCCAGACUGGAAACCCUGCGCCUGGACGGAAACCAGAUCGCUCCCCAGGACAUCCCGUCCGAUUCCUCGCUUUGCCUGCGCCUGGCCUCCAGCAUCGACGUUUAAAGGCGCCGCACAGCCUCUUCGAAGGUCACGACUUUGUUUACCUCUGUUUCAUGUUUGAAGUGACCUCAACUGGGCGAUCAAAUACUUGGCAAUAAAAUACAAGUACUAUGUAUACACAGUGGGGCGAAAAAGUUUUUAGUCAGCCACCGAUUGUGCAAGUUCUCCUACUUAAAAUGAUGACAAAGGUCUGUAAUUUUCGUCAUAAGUACACUUAAACUAUGAGAAACAGAAAGAGAGAAAAAAAAUCCAGGAAUUCACAUUGUAGGAAUUUUAAUAAAUUUAUUUGUAAAAUUAUGCUGGAAAAUAAGUAUUUGGUCACUUCAAACAAGGAAGAUCUCUGGCUCUCACAGACCUGUAACUUCUUCUUUAAGAAGCUCUUCUGUCCUUCACUCGUUACCUAUAUUAAUGGAACCUGUUUGAACUCGUUAUCUGUAUAAAAGACACCUGAAAACAGCCUCAAACAGUCAGACUCCAAACUCCACUAUGGCCAAGACCAAAGAUCUGUCGAAAGACACCAGCAAAAGAAUUGUAGACCUGCACCAGACUGGGAAGAGUGAAUCUACAACAGUCAAAGCAGCUUGGUGUGAAAAAAAUCAACUGUGGGAGCAAUUAUCGGAAAAUGGAAGACAUACAAGACCACUGGGCUCCACGCAAGAUCUCCCCCCGUGGGGUCAAAAUGAUAAUUAGAACGGUGAGCAGCAACACGGGGGCACCUGGUGAAUGACCUGCAGAGAGCUGGGACCAAAGUAACAAAGGUUACCAUCAGUAACACACUGCGCCGACAGGGAAUCAAAUCCUGCAGUGCCAGACGUGUCCCCUUGCUUAAGCUAGUGCAUGCCCAGGCUCAUCUGAAGUUUGCCAGAGAGCACAUCGGAGAAUAUCAUGUGGUCAGAUGAAACCAAAAUAGAACUUUUUGGUAUAAACUCAACUCGUCAUGUUUGGAGGAAGAAGAAUACUGAGUUGCAUCCCAAGAACACCACACCUACUGUGAAGCAUGGGGGUGGAAACAUCAUGCUUUGGGGCUGUUUUUCUGCUAAGGGGACAGGACGAUUGAUCCAUGUUAAGGAAAAGAUGAAUGGGGCCAUGUAUCGUGAGAUUUUGAGCCAAAACCUCCUUCCAUCAGUGAGAGCUUUGAAUGGUUGACCAAAUACUUAUUUUCCAGCAUAAUAUACAAAUAAAUUCUUUAAAAUUCCUACAAUGUGAAUUCCUAGAUUUUUUUUUCGCAUUCUGUCUCUCUAUUAUGAAAAUUACAGACCUCUGUCAUCAUCUUAAGUGGGAGAACUUGCACAAUUGGUGGCUGACUAAAUACUUUUUUGCCCCACUCUAUAAACCGAGUCAGGUAUGUUACACACUAUAUUGCCAAAAGUAUUUGGCCACCUGCCGUUACUCACAUAUGAACUUGAAGUGCCAUCCUAUGGAAUUGUCCAAAAUGUUUUGGUAUCCUGGAGCAUUCCAAAGUUCCUUUCACUGGAACUAAGGGGCCAAGCCCAACUCCUGAAAAACAACCCCACACCAUAAUUCCUCCACCAAAUUCCACACUCGUUCUCUUGGCAACCGACAAACCCGGACUUGUCCAUCAGAUUGCCAGAUGUAAAAGCGUGACUCAUCAGUCCAGAGAACCCAUCUCCACUGCUCAAGAGUCCAGUGGCGACGUGCUUUACACAAAUGCAUCACACGCUUUGCAUUGGACUUGGUAAUGUAUGGCUUAGAUCCAGCUGCUCGGCCAUGGAAACCAAUUCCAUGAAGCUCUCUGCGUACUGUACGUGGGCUAAUUGGAAGUUCACAUGAAAAUUUGGACCACUGUAGCAACUGACUGUGCAGAAAGUCUUUGCACUACACGCUUCAGCAUCCGCUGACCCCUCUAUGUCAGUUUACGUGGCCUACCACUUGGUGGCUGAGUUGCUGUUGUUCCCAAAAACUUCCAUUUUCUUAUGAUAAAGCUGACUUUGGAAUAUUUAGGAGCGAGGAAAUUUCACGACUGGAUUUGUUGCACCGGUGGCAUCCUAUGACAGUUCCACGCUGGAAAUCACUGAAAGCGGCCCAUUCUUUCACAAAUGUUUGUAAAAACAAUCUCCAUGCCUAAGUGCUUGAUUUUAUACACCAGGCCAAGUAAUUAGGGCACCUGAUUCUCAUCAUUUGGAUGGGUGGGCAAAUACUUUUGGCAAUAUAGUGUAUGUGUUCUUAAGCUUUUGGACCUCAGGGCCCACCUCUUCCAGUACACAGGGGUCCGGGACACAUUCAAAUAUUAACAUUCUUGAUUUUAAUCAUAUUCAAUAAUUAUAUCUAACCUAUUUACAGUUUAACAGGAUCAACAUCAUCAAAAGAUAUGAGGUGUUCAUCAUUAAGGCUUAGGUCAGGCUGAUUACCGAAAUAAAUACUAAUCAAAUAUUCAGCCAAAGGAGGGACUCGUAAAAACUGAUGAAAGAUCAAUUAACAUACAAUCUAAUUGAAUUAAUAAAUGAUACGUAUGUUUUUUUAAAUAAACUGUCAAUAAAAUUAAAGUGCAAACAAAAAUACAACUUUAACCACUUUAGUCUUUAUUUUUGCGCUUAAGAAACGCCUCUAUGACUUUAGCUCCGGACUUCUUUUGUUUGUUUGAUGUUGUCCUUACUGUCACAAGUGGUGGAACAGUGUAUUACAACUAAGUGUGGAUCACAGCUGAGGAAAAACAGGUAUUUUUGACGGCCCUCUAGGUAGCCCUAUGGUUAAGAAACGCUGAGAUAGAUGACGUACACUCGUUUUACUUUAAUGAAUCAUUCUUUUGGCUUUUUUAUUACACUUUUUUUGCUCUUUUUCUCUGCAUGAAUGUAUUUAAUCAAGUAAUCCUAAUAGUUGACUCCUGACUCGUGUGAAGUUAUGAAUAAAUAUUCUUUGACAUA